CCAAUUAUCUAUUGUUAUGAUUAUCUUGGUUGCUAUGACAGAACCACGAGGUCUGGGUCUCUCUGGGACGGAAGGAUGUCUCAGGGCUCUGGUGCGCAGGCCAUCAAGGCUUUUCUUCCCGAGCCGCAGGAGAAACUGCGGGCCACUUCUUGGGACAGUCAGCAAGCAGAGCAACGUGGAGAAACAGGUGGGGGCUUUGUGAGAGGGUGUGGGGACAUGGCUGCCGAACUGAGAAGCUGGAAGGAGGCAGCAGAGGGGCCCCUCUUGGGCCGGAGAGCCCCCCCCCUUCUUCUGUUACAUUAGCCCCUUUGGACAGGUAGGUGCCUGCUCUGGACCCUCUGGUGACUGCAUCCAGCUUUCCUCUGGGAACCACCAUGCUGUGACUCCAAGUCCCCAAAGACCCUCUGAAACUGCCCCCAUGCCUCAGCUUCCAGAGGGCACAGGUGACCCAGGCCCAGCCAGCCCACUGAUCGCAGGGAUGGGUUUGGGCAGGUGCAAGGUCCAGGCUAGGUCGACCAACAUCAGCGUCCGACCUCUGCUUCAAGUAACAGGAAGGAGACUCUUCCUUUUCCCCGAGGUGGCUACGCUGGCCAACCUGAGCCUUGGGCCCUGGGGGACAUCUUUCCACCACGUGUGGAGAGCCUGCCCGCAAACCAAACGGAAAGACGGCUACAGAGCAGAGAGAAAGAAAGGGGUGUGCCUCUGACAUCACAGUUCAGGCCUGCGGACCCAGCCAGACCCGAGGCCGGGACCUCUCCGGGACUGGUUUCAGGGACCAGUAAACCAAGUCCUCUGCUGAACUGCUUGCAAACCAAGUGGUCCUCUGUACUUCGCCCCAGCACUCAGAUGCCCCACCCCCACCCCUCCAGGGGCUUUCCGAGAGACCCGGAUAUUGGGGUUGGCCCACAACUGCACCGCGCCUGUGUCUGUACACCGCCCUCCCCACCGCGCCCCCACCGCACCUAGGGAGGAAGCCGACGUCAGGCCCCUCGUUCUGGGGCCACGGUGAGGGCCUGGUUGGAGAAGCGCUGCACGCUCAGUCCAGCCUCGGGCUGAUACGGAGAGAGAUGGCGUGGCCACCAAAGCUACCGAGUAGAGUCCCGGCGUCCUGGCGUGGCUGGGCCCUGUGUGUCUGGCUGCUGCGCUCUGUCUCAGGUGCCUCAGAAGUCCUCCAGCCCUCUCUGUUCCAGCCUCGGUCUUCUGUGGUGAGUGGACGAGGCAACCCACAGAUCUGGUGUGUGGUGCAGGGAAGCCCUGCCAGGGCUCAUGUCUUAUCUUGGUACCAGCAGUUGAAGGGGAGUGGCCCCACCUUCCUGCUGAGUCAGCGAGAAGGGGAUCCCCCCACCUAUGGUUUUGGUGUGAAUCCUCGCUUUCUGGCAGAGAUGGACCCAGCCCAGAAUGCUGCGCUCCUGACCGUGGGCAAUGCCAGCCCUGCUGAUGAGGGCACCUACUACUGUGCCAUAUGGUUUUCAGGCCAGUAUGUCUUUGGAGAAGGUACCCGACUGCUCUAUCAGGCUAAGAGGCAACCCCUGGCUCUGCAGCCACCUGAGCUGAGCCUGUUCAUCCCAGCCUACGGCCCUCCCUUCCAUGUACUUUGUGUGGCCCUAGGACAUAACCCUGACCCUCUGAGGGUGUCCUGGGUCCUGGAAGGCCAAUACCAGGAGGAAGAGGACUCCACUGGGGGAGCUGGGGAUCCCAUGGUCAGCUGGCUGCAGCUGCCUCAGGAGGUGGCAGGAAUGUCUGUGACUUGCCGAGGCUUGCACCAGAGUGGAGCCUUAGAAGUCGUGCUGCCCCUGCCCUGGGGCCGAGGGCACAGGAGAACGCUGGAAGUGGAGAAUGCGAACAAGAGUGGACACAUUCUUCUAGUGGAGCUGGAGCAGAUCCUCAAUGCCACCACCUACUGCUACCUGGGACUGCUGGGCGCAUCUCUCAUCUACGGCCUCAUCCUGGCCGCUCUCUGGAGGAAUCGCUGUUGUUGGACCCACGCUACGGAGCCACUCCCCAGAGGGGGUCAAGGAGCGGCCCCCGGUUCCAGGGCACAGGUGGGCAGGAGGUGCACUCCUGCCGCGGCCCCGGAGCACAAGUGGCCGAGCCCCAGGGGCUUCCACGUCCUCCGAGGGGCUGCCCAUGCCCCGGACCCUCCCUCCUUGCUCCGGCCGGCUUCCUCCUAGUCUGCUGCCUUUCGUUACCCAUCGGGUCCCCCUUUCUCUCUCAGGCUGUCCAAAUUUCUCCAUAAAUACAGGGAAUUUGAGAAGUUA